UCCCGACUUCAAUCAUACAUUCUAUGAUCGAUUCGAGAGUUUCAUGAUCAAUCCAGAGGGUUCGAAGAAAGUAUCGGUGUGGGGAUGAGUAAAGCAGAGGUAGAGGCCUCCACUCUGCCAGAACCUCUCGGUGUUCCAUUCCGUUUAUAUCGAGUUGUCGUUAUAUAAUCAGUUGAUCCGUCCGGUUUCUUAAUCGGAUAACAUACCAAGGUUGCACUUCAAUCCUUCCGAAUUGAAUCGACAAACGUUCCCCUUUGCUUUCCUACCGGAACUUUCGUCUUCUCCCGGGACGGCCCGUAAGCACUCAGCUCCUUCCUCGAACGCUCCUGCGGAUACACAGCAGUUCAUCGAUGGACAAGGCUCAAAGGGACAAUCACCCUGUGAAAUCUCAAUUGUUGUCUAUGACAUUGUCCAUAGAGAGUCUACGCGCAAGCAAGAUCCUUUUGGAGCAAGAGCAUACAAUCCUCAGGGGCAUGGUGAAGAGUGCCAGUGCCAAGCGGACGGGGACAAGCGUCAAUGAUGUCGAUUCUCAUGACAAUUCUACCACUUUUCAAAAGCUCCUGGACGCCGCCAACACUCGAGCAGCUGAACAAGCCGCUAAGGGAAGGGAAGAGUACCAGGCCAGGACAAUGGAGCAUCAGGCCCAAGCUCUUCUGAUUUUGAUGCAUGCAUAAUGACUGAUUUUGAGAAAAUUCAAUCAUCAUGAUAGAGCCAAAGGGAAAAAGAUGCAUCGAUCUCGC